CUGGAGCGGUCGUGUAACACGUUUUUCCUCGCCGUCUCGAGAGUAAAUUACCUUCAACCCUCCAUAACAAUCACGCGAUAUAAUUAAGUUUGUGUAUAACAAAACAUUAAGGGAAAAAUGUGAUGUAGAAAUUUUGGUAAUGCGAGAGGAUACGGCGUAAAAUCAAAUGACAUUGUGAAGGGUGGGUCUCAGCGACCAGAUGAGAAGAUUUAAUUUGUAUAGAAGCAAGUUACGGCCACGAAAAUUGCUCCACACGGCAGUCCAGCGCGAGCGUACAUCGCCUACCACAAACUGGGCGCAGGCAUGGAGACCCAGACUGCGACACCGCAGUCUGAGUGCGAGUGUGGCGUGCACCCCUCCGUGUUUUACCUUCUGGCCACACUUUUACUCACGAGUUGCUCCACUGCUAUGCUCUGCGCGGCCAUCAUGACAGAGCAUUGGGAACACGUGUCCUGGGAGAAGGCUGCCCUCGCAGCGCUCGCAAAUGCUUCCAACACCGCACUGCAGUGGCUCUUAGACGAGAAAGUUGUUAAGAUUGGAGAUUCAAAUUCUCGAAAAGGCGGUGGCACAUUUUUAGUUCCCAUGAAUGGAGGUAUUUGGACCAUGUGUGUGUCUUUAGAAGAGGAAGAAGUGUCAAUAUUGGCCAGAGCCGGAUUUCCGACGGAGCCGCUGUGCACAAAUUAUUUGGCAGAUGAUGAAGAUGAACAGAGAGGAGAUUGGCAACAUCGUAUGCAGAAUCUGUCCAUAUCGUGUGCGUUGGUGUGUCUCAUCGUGUUAGGCAGCGCGGCGCUGGUCGGCGCUUUCGGCGUCUGCAAACAUCAAAUAAGCGCCGUGCUCGUUACUGGCGUCAUGUAUCUUUUAGCUGGGCUAUUCGCAAUGUUCACAUUAAUGAUAAUACAUUUCAAGCGAGUCCAACGAGUGUCAACCCGCGGUAGUUCCCACGGUGAUGACACCGCAGACGGCGUCAUAGGUCCGCGUUACCCCGCUUUCCCCUUACUAUCUGCGAGAGAAUUUACGACAUCCUGGUCGCUAGAGCUGGGGUGGGGAGGCGUGGCUUUAGCGACUACUACGUCGCUUCUGUGGAUACUGUUAUCGAAGAUAAUGAGAUACAACCCUAUAUCGUCUAUGUUGUUGUGAAUUCGCAUAAUUAUUGUGCGUUUACACGGACGUAUGGGUUAUAAAAAAAUAUGUUUUCAAAUGUUAAACGCAAUAAAUAAAAUUUAUAUAAUAACGUUAUCUAACCACAAUAUAAAUAUAUCGUUACUAACCCAGUUCGUGUAAAUGCUGGAUAAAGUCAAUUACAUUAAUCCCAAUAUUUUAAGUAGGAAAUGUCUACCCAGGCGCUUUUAUAUUGCGUCAUAAUUAAACAUUAAAAUAUAAGUGUAAUUAACAUAAACCGUCAUUAAGAAAGCCUGAAAAAGCAGCUUAUACUCAAAUAAUUUAAAUCCUGCAGUCAAAAUUGCGAUUUAUAGCACUCUACAUUAAGCUUAUUAUUGUACAAAAGUACCUAAUAGCUUAGGCAAUCGCCAGGCUUGUUGCCGUCCAUUGCAAAAUUAUAUAUUUACUUACUUAAACAUUAUGUGUAACACAAAUUCUGGUUUGUUUGUAUUUGGCUUACGUAACUACGUAAGAAUAUUGACAAUUUAAUGUGAAAGUCUUUGGAACGCCAUAAGCAAUAAAACUUUGCGAAUAUGUGACGUUUUCAAAAUUUUAAGUUUAAAUGUCAACAUUGCUUAAUGAAAAAAUCGAAAGGAGAAUGACCAAAAGUGGUUUCAAUACCCACCACUAAGGCUGCGUUUCCACCAAAGAUGUGCGAGGCAGCUGGGUGGUGCCUCCAUGUGUAGUAGCAAUGCUGUGAAACGGUGCGCGGACGAGCGGUGCGAGAAUGUGUAGCGGGCUAUUUUUUCGCUUUGUCCGUCCCUAGCAGACAUCCCUCACAACACAUCCGUAGCGCACAUUUUACCCUUGUUUUGCAUGCACAAAAACCUCACUCCGUUGAGCUGUUUCCACUAGACCUGCGCCGAGUAAGGCUAGGUAAAUUAAGUGAUUCUAUUGGAUCUUAACAAACACAUCCCUCGCUACCCAUCUUUGCACAUCUUUGGUGGAAACGCAGCCUAACGAGACAUAUGUCGACUUAUAGUCCACUAAACAGAGAGUAACUUUUAAUAUGAGACAAAAAAAAUAAGCUGUAAGUAAUAAGUUAUGACUAUAUGAAAAAUAGUAGUUUAGCUUUUUUGUUUCACUAUUUAUUUAAAUGCAUUAUAAUAGUGCACAGAUUCUACUCUUAAUGUUGCGCUAAUAAUGAUUCGUCGAUAACUCGUGUAAAUUGAAGGCUAUAUAAGGCUAUCACUAACGCAAUCGGUUUUUAUCUGAGUACCUAUAGUAGUACCAGGUACUCAAAACAGCGUUGUGUUUUCUUUCUUCCGAGGCUUUGACCAAAAUCUAUUUCAGCGAAAACCUAACACGGGCCACCAAGCGGCAUGUAAUUUUUUUUUUUUCGAAAUGACUUGUUUCUGUUGGUCUAAUUGGCCGACAGCGUAACCGGGCGGACAGCAUGACAUAAUUUGCGUGUAUAUUAACGAUAUUUUUCGCAUAAAAAGUUACGGUAUAUUUUUUGUUGCGAUCUGGUUAUAAUGACUCACUAUUUAGUACACUACUUUAUGACAUAGGUCUCGUUAGUGGAUAUUUGGACUUAGGUACCUAGGACCAUACAUUUUUGGUCAUUCUCCUUUAAAUAUAUAUUUUUUAAUUAUUGUGAAUGUUAUAUAGGUAUAACUUGGAAGAAUGAAAGGUUCUAUAUAUACAACUAAGAACUUAACUGCGUCUAUUUAUCAAAUGCAAAAUAAAAACUAUGUACCUAUUUGGACCUUUUUUAUAUACACAGGUCAAUAUUUUUUCCGCGACAUUUUGCUUUUUAUGAGUUUAUAUUUUUUUUCUAUUAAAUGCUGGGGAAAUUAAGACUUUUUAAUCCCAGAGAGUGUAAGCAUUUCAGGGUAAAAAUAUUACACAAAUAAGUACUCUAUGCCAUACGCGAGCAUAGCUCGUUGUGUAUAAGAAAUUUUUUUUGCAGACUAUUUUGUCCAAAUCACUUUCCGCCGAUCUUGAGCUUAAAACUUAUACUCUUUAAUUAUUACAUUGCAUAUUUUUUAUACUUUGCAAUUCUACUAUUUACCUACAUUUUUCUAUGUACAUAAAUCAAAACGCAUUUGCUAGAUAUAAGAUUAUGGCCUAGGUACAUGUUAAGACUCAGGGAAAAAAUAUUUUCAAAUUGAUUAAAUUUUUUUUAUUAUUUGACUUUUUUAUAAAUAAUUUUUGAGAGAGAGUAUUUGCCAUACUAUAUAGUAUGAUGCCCCCAAAAAUAUUUGAAUCAGACAAGCAUAAAAAAUACCAAAAAAAUUACAUUUUCAUUCUUUAAUUCACUACUGUCGAAACUCAACUUAAUCAACUUUAGGUACAAUGAAAAGUGGAAUGUACUUAUAUUUUUAUAGUAUGGAUCUGAAAUUAGAUAUAUUUUCCCGUUGCAUAAGUUUUGCCCGCCCAUCUCACAAGUUAGGUGUAAGGUUAGCGAUACUGUAUAAAUAUUUAAUAGCAAAGUUGAGCGUUGUUUGAAAGUUGGUGCUGUGAGUUAAUAUUAGUUUUAUUCAUAGUAAAUUUGUUAGCAAGAUGAAGUAGAGUGUUGUUAGUAAAAAAGUUUAAUGAAAUAUUGUUACAAUGAGCGAAUAUAGAUAACAUUUAGAUAACAUUUCAUUUUUUCAUUAGAAAUAUAGAUACAAAAUGAUAAAUCUUUUAAGAAUAUCUAAAAAAAUACGUAGAGUAGUAAAUAUUUCUUCUAACAAUAAGAUACAAUAAUUUUAAGUCAAUUUAAGAAAACGAAACUAACGAAAUAAUACAAUACAAUAUAUGUAGAUGGAAAAUAAGAACAGCCAUGAGUGUCCUGUAGUAUUAUAUUCAUUUAAUAAUAAUAAUAUUUAAGCUAACAAUUAAAACUGUACUAACACGUUAUUUAAUAAUAUAAAUACCAAAGCUCAAAAUAUCUAGUCAUUUUGUUAAAACCCCGCUUUAGUGCUGCCAAUUAACGUUUCUGAAAUAUAUGCACGAAAAUUAUAUCGCGAGGAAUAUACUAGCAGUUUGCAUAUUAUAAUAUAGCUCAUGACUAUACAUAAACAUUAAUUUGAAUAAUAUAACAAAAUCACAAGUUGUGUAAAAUUAUAAACAGAAAAAGGCUAAAUUAUUUUUGGCUGUCACUGCACUACCAUAAGCCAUAAAAAAGAAAAAAAAAACAUUUUUUUAUUAUUAUUUCUUUAACAGAUAAUAAAAUGUU